CUUAUUUUCGUUUAUUAACUCGUUUUUGACUCGAGCUGAAUGCUUAUUGCACUUUAUUGCACUUCGACCCCUUUUCUUGUUAAAUGUAAAGAUCUCAACGGAAUUUUUUCCCUCCUCGAGUCUUUUUUCCGCGAGUUUUAUACAGAAAAGUGUGCAUGAGAAAGUCUGAUUUUCUUCUUCGAUCGAGUGUCUUAUGGUAGAUGUUCAUAUUUCAUAUAUUAAGGGUUUGUUUUAUUUUCUUUUUUGCUUUCAAACGUCGACCCACGUCAAGCCUGUGAGAGAUGGAGAGCGAGACAGGAACUCAGACCAGCUCUCCUUCAGUCAGUCCGACACCUCCAGAACUGACCGGUGAGCUCGACCACGCUUCACGCAGUGACACGGUCAUCCCAAACCGCAUCUUUGUAGGAGGGAUUGAUCCCAAAACUACAGAGAAUGAUCUUAGGAGGUAUUUCUCCCAGUAUGGAAUGCUUAAGGAAGUGAAGAUUGUUACUAAUCGUUCAGGAAUAUCAAAGGGGUAUGCGUUUGUCACCUUUGAGUCUACAGAAGAUGCCCAGAAAAUUCUCCAUGAUGCAAGUGCUGAUAAAUUGUGUUUUCAAGAUCAGAGGCUGAACAUCGGACAGGCCAUUCGCAGGCAGCAAGUAGCCAUGCACUCAGGCGGUUACACCAUGGCAAGUCCCAGCGCACAUGUGGCUUUCCCAGCACCAUUUGGCACCAAGUACCUAACCACGCCCACUGGAUACCCCUACACCUACCACAAUGGAGUGGCCUACUUUCACAACCCAGAGCCAAAUAUGCAGCCAUCACAUUGGCCUGCUCCACACACAGCACCCGGAUCUCCAGUCAUGGUGGCUCACUCUAAUCCUCCUUUUUAUACUCCACAAGCCUGCCACCAACACCAGUCCUCCAUUUCUUCGAACCCGAGUCCUUUGCUAUAUGUCCACCCUGCUGAGUUGAUGUAUCAUCCAGCGGAGCCGAUUGAGAAUGGGUGUGUUUGGUCAGCUGUGCCUCUGAUGGAAGCUGGUGUUCCUGAGGAUCAAAAGUUUCAGCCUAUAAGACGAGGUUUCUCUCACUCUGGCAUCCACCUGAGACCCAGGUACAUCCGUGGCCAUCAUUACGCACACGUGCGUAAAGAAUACCGGCCUGAUCUUCACACAGCGCCUCUUCCUUCAUCCUCACCCAGAGAGGAUGCGCCGAAAUAGGAGGGCUUGGUCUGUUUCCCCACCUCACUACUCAAUACACACCUGUCAAUGCGACUAACUGAAACACACACACACACGACCAAACAAACCCCAGAUAUGAUCAGAACUAGCUGCCUAUGCAUCAUCAGCUGUUAAUAAAUUCCAAGAUGUUUUGCGGAAGCAAAGGCAAACACUCUCUCUCUUUCUCUGUUUCUCUGAAAUCUCUAACAUCUCUCUCUAUCUCGCUCCCCCCCCCUCCCUCUUUCUCUUGCCCCAUUAGCUCUCAUUAGGACAUAAUUGCAGUAAAAUUCACUUUAUGUAACAUAUUAGCAUAUUUCCAUCAACAUGAUGUCUUUGAUCAGUGACAAAGUCCAUUGCUUCCUCCAAAGAUAUUGAGACGUAUUCACUGUUUUCGUUGCCAAGAUUUGUAAUUCUUUUGUACACCCCUGUUUAUCUACUUACAGCCAAAAAUUUAGAAAAAUGCCCAGAAACCAAACAUGAAACUAGUUUUGAACCGCUGCACUAUUCAUUCACGAUUUAAUUAGGAUGGAUACAAUCAGAUAUAUCAGUUGUAGGUUCUCAAGGAAUUUUAAUACUUUAAAACACCAAACAUGAACCAAAUGCAUAUCAUCUGGGUGACACGGCAUCACUACGUGCCUCAUGGACAUUAUAUAACUGUCUUUAUACUUUUAUAACCAAAAAAAAUGAGGUCCAUAUGUUCACCAUGUACUAGUUUUUAGCAAGUCUCUCAUUCACGUGCAUUAUAACACAGUCAUAGUCCUCCUACGAUCAGCUUAUUCAAGCAGCCACAAUUAUUUAUUCAUUUUAACAUUUUUCUAUCAGUCCCUGUUCACCCCUUAAUAAGAAGCACUGUCAUUUUCCCACAAAACUAAUUUUCUCCAUGCAAGUGUUUCUUUGGCUGUUUCUAUAUAUAGUUAAAAAGGGUCUUUAUUUACCUUGUUGCUCGUUUACUACAAUUUUAACAAUUUACUUUGUUCAUUUAGCCUAAUGUGUGUGUGUACAUGUUACUCAGGGCAUUUUAUGACACUCACUUGUCUGUCACUUGGAAAGUGUCAUGUUUGUCUAAUAUCUGUUUUAUUGUUGUCAUUUUGUACACACCGAGUGAUUUAGGUAGUUCUGGGAAAGAAUACAUUAAAACAUUUUGUAUUAUUGAAUUAAUACAAAAGGUAUUUAAAAGGGGGUUUGUCGUUUACACGGUUUUGUUUGUUCAGGGAAGUUGAACAAUGUGUGGUUUAAUGUUUUUAUAAUGAGACAUAUGUUUCUGGAAGAUUUGUCUUCGAACUGUUUUCCAAAACUGCACUGUUGAAGUCAA